CAUGGCCUCAAACACUAUAAAUACUCAUGCGGCCUUUCACUCGGAGCUCAUCUCAACUUAGACUCUCUAGCAGUAGCUCACAAUGGCAGGCACUAAGCUGGUAGCACUUGGGUUCAUUGUCCUCAUUAGCAUUGGACUAGCCAAUGCUGUGAGGGUGGCUAGAUACUCCAGUGCUGAUGGAACGGGCACAGGAGAGGGAGGGGGCGGUGGGUAUGUGAAUGGUGGGGGCUCAGGGUCUGGUACUGGCACCGGAUCCGGUGACAGCAGCGCAAAUGGUGCCCAUGCAACUGCUGGAGGCGGUGGUGGAGGGGGUGGCAGUAGCCAAUACGGCGGGUCUGGAUCAGGUUCAGGAUCCGGAUCAGGUUCAGGUUCUAGUCAAUAUAGUCAAGGACCGUAUUCUGGUUAUGGUGGAUCUUCUAGCGCUGGUGGUACCGGUGGUGGGGGUGGUGGAGGACAAGCUGGAGGUUACUCGGGAUCUAGUGGUCAUGGGGCUGGUACUGGCACCGGAUCUGGCUCUAGCUCCGCCAAUAACGACUGGAAUGGAAGUUCUGGAAGUGCAAAUGCUAAUGGCAAUGGUGGUGGCAAUGGUGGUGGUGAGAAUGGUGGGACUGGCGAUGGUAAUGGAGGUGGAUCUGGGUAUGGUGAUGCCAAACCCUAGUUUGUCCUUCCUAGACAAUCUAAAGGUGGAGCCCAACUUUUAUUGUUUGAGGUAGUAUAAUCUGUUUAGUUUCUUUUGUACGGGAUAUUGUGCUUUUGUUAUAAACAAAUUAAUAAAGGGCUCCGCUGAACUUAGUAAAUGUAGCAGUUGAAGUAUAAGGUGCAAAUUACAUGGAGACAUUGUAACCGUGUCAGCUUAUCAAUGAAAUAAUAUAUACUUCUUUAGUUCUUUGUCA